AUGGGCUCUAAUCUUCCUUAUGCCGCCGAUGCUGAGAGUCCGCUAAAGCCAGCGGAACUUCAGGUGCUCCGCGCCCAGUAUGAGAAGGAAGGUGACUACGUGGGGAUCCAGACCAAGUUCAACUACGCCUGGGGUCUGAUCAAAUCCAACGCCCGGGUCGAACAACAAGAGGGUGUUCGUCUGCUUUCGGAGAUCUUCCGCGCUGCGCCUGAACGACGUCGCGAAUGUCUGUACUACCUCGCGCUGGGUAACUACAAGCUCGGUAACUACGGCGAAGCUCGUCGGUACAACGAUCUACUGCGUGAUAAGGAACCCGGGAACCUGCAGGCCGCUAGUCUGGGCCAGCUCAUCGAUGAAAAAGUGUCCAAGGAGGGCCUGAUGGGUAUUGCCAUCGUGGGUGGGCUGGCGCUGGCGGCCGGCGUAGUGGGUGGAUUGGUGAUGCGGGGGGCAAAGAGACGCUGA